UCUGAAGGCAAACCCCCUGCUCUUGUAAUGUGCGCCUGAAGUAAGUUGUGUGUGCGUUCCGAACGCUAGACUUUGUGUAUCAAUAUGGAGUAUCAGGUAUCCCUCCUCUCCGCUUACACCGAGUCAAUAGCGCCGGCUCGAUUUGGUUUAACUACCAUCACGUUAAGCAAAGCAAACGGGCGCCAUUCUGUAUCAGGAUCAAAAUUAAUCCGCUCCGAUCAUGGACGAUUCAAAAGAUGGACGACUUUCUCCUCCCAGUGAGGAGAGUCCAGACGACGAAGUGCCCACGGCAGAAGCAGACGACAAUGAUGACGACGAACCUCGCUCGGAGAUGAAGGACUAUGCCGAGUCUACUAUGAACGAACUGCUGGGUCUGUAUGGAUUUGAAAAAUUCGACCGAACGGAAACCGAGCAUCUAAAUGUAGACAGAUUCACCAGUCCCAAAGCAGACGACAGUUUAUCGCCGCUAGAUGACGCUUCACGUGAUGACGUCAGUGUAGGAAGUUGUGAUAGUUCGUCUGGAAGGAGCGACUUAUCUCGAUAUAACCGAAGUCGAAGCAACAGUGAGACCAAUCUUGCUGCGCAACAUCGCAACCUUGUCACGGCUUUGACCAAGAAGCACGGACUCACUGGUGCCCCCGAAGGAACCAUUCCAUCUGGCUCCAUUGUCUGUGCCUGGUGUCAGAAGUUAGGCGUCAAACUGUUUACCCUGAAAACCAGCACCUCUACUAAGGCUUUCUGCAGUGAACUGUGCUUUGAUCAGUGUCGAAGAGCAUCUUUCAAAAAGAACAAGAUCUGUGACUGGUGUAAACAUGUACGUCAUACUGUGAAUUACGUAGACUUCCAGGACGGCGAGACGCAGCUACAGUUCUGCAGUUCAAAGUGUUUAAAUCAGUAUAAGAUGAAUAUAUUUUGUAAAGAGACACAGGAACAUUUACAGCAGAUUUCCCCGACGACGGAGACAAAAUCCGACACAGAGGGCUCGUCCGACCAGCAGAUUCUCAUCACCCCCGAUCUCUGGCUCAGCAACGCAAAGCAUAAAAACGCGAAACUCAGAAGAAAGGAAGCGGGAGACACCGACAGGGAGCUGGAAAACGCUGAGAAAAUGGAGUCAAAGUCUGAUCACAGCAGACGACAAUCGCCGACGUCUGCUUCCUCAAGUUCCGAUAAACUUCCUGUCACGAAUAGGAGUAUUUUGGAGAGAAUGCACGGUCGUGAUAAGAGCAAACGAAGUUCACUGAGAGAAAGUUUGCAUGAACGGUCAGUCCCAAGGUCCAAAUCUCCCGAUAGUGCACAACCUGCCCAGAACCUUGGAAUUCCCUUUGUUCCUCCUCACAUGUGGGGCGCCCCAACCUUUGGGAUGGGUAUUCCCCCUAUGGGAGCCGUUCCGCCCUGGUUUUACCCAGGGUUCAUGCCCCCUGGUUUCAUGCCACCGAACAUGCCAAUGGAAGGAUUGUCUGGAGUUUUGCCUUCGCGAACGGAGACGCCGUCAGCAACAAACAACAAGCGUUUUGCACUCUCACCGAAUUAUGAUAACGAGUCAUCCAAAAAUGCCAACGAAGAGCGAGGGCAUGGUCGAUCAUCUUCUAGACCGAUAUCGUCUGCUCGAAGUAACACACCUCGAUCGAGUACACCUCGAAACACCUCAUUCUCAACUCCGACACCCCAAUCAGGGGCACCUCUUCCGAACGGUGUUGGAAUGUUUGGACAAAACGGGAUGAAUUUUUCGUCAUGUGGAGGAUUUCCCCCUCUUACAAUGAUACUACCGGUUCCAGUCCCGCUACCGCUUCCGGUCCCCAUACCACUUCCGUUACCGAUAACCAUGGAACAAAUAAUGGAGGUUUACAAUAAGAAAAAGGCAGAAUCCUCUCCAAAUAUCAAAACAGAACCGGGCGUUGAUUCUGAAAGAAAAGACUUUUCACGGUUUAAAGGGGACGUGGACGAAAAUGAAACGUUGACAAGAGACAUGCUUUCUUGUGCAUCUUGUAGUUCGGACAGAAGCGAGAGUGUAAAUUCAUGUAUAUCUCCAAUGUCUGAUAUGCGUUAUUCAUCACAUUCAGAUCUCCUGAAACGUUCAUAUUCCCCUAACAUGGAAGGAUCGCUCGAUCUCUCGAAACGAGCGCGCCUAGAUGACUCUUUCUCGGACCAUUCUUGCGAUGGUGCCAUUGAUUUGUCAAAUACCUCUCACAGCAGACAUAGGAUAUACAAGGGGAAAGAAAACAAAGACCAUGUAGAAAUCGAGAGUUUGGCGCCGCAGAGUUCGGAAACUCCCGUUGCAAAUGGGGGUUCUGGAUUGAAGAUCCCUAAAAUUCACAUAAUUAGCCCCCGUCAUGAGCCCCCGUUAUCUCAACAAUUACCUUUACCCCCUGUGGACCCCAAAUAUGCCAGUAGGAGAGGACUCAUUUUAGACGCACCGUGUGUACCUAAAAAACCGAGGAGUCCAUCUCCAGAUCGUCGGUCCUACGCCCGAUCAGUUCCGAAGGACGUUAUGGAGGCUGCAAGAAGAAGAUGCAUGAGAGCCAGAAUUAAAACAAAAUAACCAUUUUUUAUAAGAAAAUUUAUAUUUAUUUUCAAUGCAAAGUCAGUGUCGCUCUCAAUGUUUGGCUCCAAAAGUGCUUCAGCGUAUGUUGCGUUGUCAUACGUUGGAAGAUUGUUAAUUUACACUAAUUUGUAAUGGGACAAAUAUGUUUGUUCUUAACUUGUUUUUUUUUAAUGUGCAAUUGAUGGUAAGAGUGUGCAAUAUAUUGUCAACGCGGCCAGAUGAUUCGUCAAUGUUUAUUUUGCUGCAGGAUUGUUGAUAUAGCUUAUAAUGCUGCAUAACGUGGCUUGUUUAUGUACACUUACAAUGUUUUUUUUUAAAUAAAUGAAUAUAGUUAUUUUGAGAAAA